AUGAAUAAUCAACUAGUUUCCUCUGAUGACAACAACAUCAUACACAUCCCUUCGAAUAUUUCAACCGAUUCGAAUUUACAACCACUACCAAAUAGCACCUUCCUAGAUGCUCAAUUAGGCCAAAAACUGUAUCCUCCUUCAUUAAAACCAUUUACUAUUAAUUACAGUUGGGAUGGUCUUUUACCUCUCACACCAAUAUCAGCAGAUGAACUCAAUAGUGAAUGGGAAUUAUUUCAAUUUCAUCAGCAAAAAACUAAAGAACAUCAUCUCAACAAAGAAAGGAAACUCACUCAAAUAUUACAGCAAAUUUCUCAAUUAUAUGGGCAACAUGGAGCAGUUGUCGUUCUUCAAUCACUUGUUUCAAAACUAAACAAUUCGAAUAAUGGAAAACCUGUUUCAAUAUCAGAGUUAAUAUCAGCUCCAAAUUUCCAUGUCUUGUUGGAUAAUAUUGGUAGAAUUUUGGAGGCCAAAAAAACUUACUCUCAAUAA